AUGGGGGCCGCCCGGAUCGCGCCCGGCCUGGCGCUCUUGCUCUGCUGCCCGGUGCUCAGCUCCGCAUACGCGCUGGUGGAUGCAGAUGACGUCAUGACCAAAGAGGAGCAGAUCUUCCUGCUGCACCGCGCCCAGGCCCAAUGUGAGAAGCGGCUCGAAGAAGUCCUGCAGAGGCCAGCUGACAUAAUGGAAUCAGACAAAGGAUGGGCAUCUGCGUCCACAUCAGGGAAGCCCAAGAAAGAGAAGGCAUCUGGGAAGCUCCACCCUGAGUCUGAGGAGGACAAGGAGGUGCCUACUGGCAGCAGGCCCCGAGGGCGCCCCUGCCUGCCGGAGUGGGACCACAUCCUGUGCUGGCCGCUGGGGGCUCCAGGGGAGGUGGUGGCCAUGCCCUGUCCCGACUACAUUUAUGACUUCAAUCACAAAGGCCAUGCCUACCGCCGCUGUGACCGCAAUGGCAGCUGGGAGCUGGUGCCUGGGCACAACCGCACGUGGGCCAACUACAGCGAGUGCCUCAAGUUCCUGACCAAUGAGACGCGCGAACGGGAGGUGUUUGACCGCCUGGGCAUGAUCUACACCGUGGGCUACUCCGUCUCCCUGGCAUCUCUCACCGUGGCGGUCCUCAUCCUGGCCUACUUUAGGAGGCUGCACUGCACACGCAACUACAUCCACAUGCACCUGUUCCUGUCCUUCAUGCUUCGCGCCGUGAGCAUCUUCGUCAAGGACGCGGUUCUCUACUCGGGCACCGCCCUCGACGAGGCCGAGCGCCUCACCGAGGAAGAGCUGCGCGCCAUCGCCCAGGCACCGCCGCCACCCGCCGCCGCCGCCGGCUACGUGGGCUGCCGGGUGGCUGUGACCUUCUUCCUUUACUUCCUGGCCACCAACUACUACUGGAUUCUGGUGGAGGGGCUGUAUCUGCAUAGCCUCAUCUUCAUGGCCUUCUUCUCAGAGAAGAAGUACCUCUGGGGCUUCACAGUCUUCGGCUGGGGUCUGCCUGCCAUCUUCGUGGCUGUGUGGGUCGGUGUGAGAGCUAGCCUGGCCAACACCGGGUGCUGGGAUCUCAGCUCUGGGAACAAGAAGUGGAUCAUCCAGGUGCCCAUCCUGGCCUCCAUUGUGCUCAACUUCAUCCUCUUCAUCAACAUCGUGCGGGUUCUCGCCACCAAGCUGCGGGAGACCAACGCUGGCCGGUGUGAUACGCGGCAGCAGUACCGGAAGCUGCUCAAAUCCACACUGGUGCUCAUGCCGCUCUUUGGCGUCCACUACAUCGUCUUCAUGGCCACGCCGUACACCGAGGUCUCAGGGACACUCUGGCAAGUCCAGAUGCAUUACGAGAUGCUCUUCAACUCCUUCCAGGGAUUUUUUGUUGCCAUCAUAUACUGUUUCUGCAAUGGUGAGGUACAGGCUGAGAUCAAGAAAUCCUGGAGCCGCUGGACACUGGCACUGGACUUCAAGCGCAAGGCACGAAGCGGGAGCAGCAGCUACAGCUACGGUCCGAUGGUGUCUCACACGAGUGUGACCAACGUAGGGCCCCGCACGGGACUUGGCCUGCCCCUCAGCCCCCGCCUGCUGCCCGCGGCUACCACCAAUGGCCACCCCCCGCUGCCCGGCCACACCAAGUCAGGGUCCCCAGCUCUCCAGGCCACACCACCUGCCGUGGCUGCUCCUAAGGAAGAUGGAUUCCUCAACGGCUCCUGCUCGGGGCUGGAUGAGGAGGCCUGUGCGCCAGAGAGACCACCUGUCCUGCUGCAGGAGGAGUGGGAGACAGUUAUGUGAUCAGGGACCCAAGGGUUGGACCUGUGGACGUGAGGGUGGACAGGCGGACCAAGAGACGGGUUGUUGGACAGUUGCCCACUCAGGGCUGGGGCUGG